UGUUUAUCCGGAUCCGGAUGCGCGCCAGCGAACCCAGGUGAAAGAUCGCUUCUGGGAAAGGCCGCGAUCAUGCCGGUGAUCUAUGCGCUCGUGGCGCGCGCCCAGAACGUCUUGGCCGAGUGCACCGAAGGGACGGGCAACUUUAUCACGUACUCGCGGGCGAUCCUGCGGGACGUCGACGACCACAAGUACCCGCCCGAGACGCGCAACUCGGUGGCCGUCGACGGCCACGUCUUUUACUACUACCUCAGCGACAGCCUCAUUUACGUCUGCAUGUGCGACGAGCGCUUCCAGAGCAGCGUCGCGUACGCGCUCUUGACGGAGAUCAAGCACGAGUUCUUAUCCAACUAUGGCAACAAGGGCAAGACCGCCAAUGCGUAUGCGAUGAAGGGCUUUGAGACGCACCUCAAGGGCCUCAUGACCAAGUACGACAACGUCAAGAUCGAUACCAAGCUCACGCAGGUGCGCGAUCAAGUCAAGCACGUCAAGAACCAAAUGCUCGAUAACUUGCACCAGAUCAUGGCGCGCGGCGAUAAGCUCGAGGUUCUCGUGAGCAAGACGGAGAAGCUCCAGCAAGACACGCUGGCGUACGAGGGCGAGAUCAAAGCGCUGCAUCGACUCUUUUGGCUCAAGAAUCUCAAGGCGACGCUCACGCUUGUCUUCCUCGUCGCGAUCCUCAUGUGGCUCGUGUCGUCGUGGAUAUGCGGCUUUGACUUUUCCAAGUGCAGCAGCGCCAACAUCCAAAAGCAGGUCGACGCGCAGGGCGCCAAGAUCAACCUGCCCUUCACCAGCGCACCCUAGUCAUCGUAACUUGAACGUUAGAUAUCUCGUGGACGGAAUCGAAUGUAUUAUCAAGGAGCUCAUCAAAUGUAAAGUGCUGCGCUAGAAGCCGCGGCGCUAUGCAGCACUGCACACGGUGUGCUUACAUGUCGCCCGACUCCGCUGCCUGGAGG